AUGUGCAUUGGAGCUCUGAAAUAUCCUGUUAUAUUGGGGUCAAGAACUGAACUAUAUGUGUUCAUGUUCUUUACAAAUACGUUAGAGAUUAGCCGAAGAGCAGAGGAAAAUGCUGCAUGGCAUCUGUGGAAUUAUGUUGAUACUGAAUUGUGUAAGAUUUAUCAUAUUCUCUACCACUUAAGAAUCACAAGCAGUGAUCACAAGUGUCCUAUGUUAGACUUUGCAAUGAAGUCAGAUGAAAAGUACCCCAACGUAGGUCACAAGACUGGGCUGUCACACCCUAGUUACACUAUAAUCGCAGAGGGAGAACGUUUCAAGUUGUCUGAAUUUCCUAAAAUUUUUCAUAGAGUAUUUCAGGCCCGUCAGUGCCAAUUUGAUAACUUCUUGCUUUAUUUUGAAGUCACAUUUACUGGAACAACCAGUAAAAUGGAAGCAGAGACUGAGCAAGAUUUUAACAUAUAUGCUGUAGAGGAAGCAUGUGGGAAGCUACAUACCCUCCUUCAAGCUCCACCAACACUGCCUGGCAGUUUGUCUUCAGAUGAGACCAUACAGACUCAUGAUGUGUUCAACAUACUUAUGGCAGAUGUGUCUGGUUCCAUGUCAUCAUAUUGGGAACAUGUGGUCACUGGCUGGCAAGAUCACAUUAAGGAUAAACUAAAUGGUCUCACAAAAAUUUUUGUAUUUGGAAGCAAUGUUCAGAUGCGGCGAGUUGGAUCAGAUCUUUAUAGUAAAGAUUUUGUUGGUGGAAGACUUGUUAAAAAAAUUAUACGCGUGUUCAUUAUCACAGAUGGUCAACAUGGACAUGGUGAACCAUAUCCAGACACUGAAAUCAGUCUCAUGAAGGCUCCAGUAGGGAAAUCAGUCAGUGUUUAUCUGCUAGGGAUUAGUGAAUAUUUUCCUGUGGAAUAUAGUAUCAGCAUACGUUCAUAUUUACAUAAUGGAAAUGCUAAUAUGCCAUCCCUUUUUUGGGCUAAAGAUGAAUCUGAGAUUGUUGAGGAAAUAGCAAAUAUUGGCAAUGAACUGAAUGCUGGCCUUGUGACGCUAACCUUAAAUCAUCAGGGUCAUAUCCUCCCAGGCUUAAGCAAGACAAACGUGAUUCAUCUUGGGGAAUGGCUGUACUUUGAUGAGCCUCCAGAAAAUCUCCCUCCGCUUACUGUAAAGGUGGAUAAAGAAGAACAGCCAUUACCUUUUACAUACAAAGAUUUGAGCGUACGUGUACUCUUGGACAGCACCUUCCGCCAGUGGAAUUCUGUGUUGAUUCAGCAACAUAGAAAGAAUGAGCAUGUGCCUCUUGAGACCUUUGAUCUAAUGGAUUCUCUUUUUAAUAAAUAUUAUGAAGACCUUAAAGCAAAGUUGGUUGAUGGUAAUGAUAUUCGAGCUCGAAUUUUGAACAAGAGAAUAAAGGGCAGCAAGAUAGAGUAUGCAACUUUAAUGAAUCAAAGUAAAACAAUUAUUGGCAUUGAGGGAAAGUAUCAGACUGAAAUAGAACUAGCAGAGAGUAUCUUAAAGACCACGGUUACUUCAAGAAAAUAUGAUUCAAGGAAUCUGAAAUUGAAAGGUCAUGGACAAGAUGAUUAUGCGAAUGAUGUUCAGGCAUUCAGACAGCUUUAUGAAAGCCUGAAGGAUCAGAUUCUGGCUUUACCUCCUGAUGAAGGCUGCAGAAUCUUAUUAAAGUCUACUUUGCAGGACUUGCAGGAUCCUAAUUUUACUAUGUUGCUGGAAGAAAAUAAGUUUGAUUUGUUGAAAACUUUUUCUAUAACAGGUAUACCUGUUUAUGCUCCCAUCCGUGAUGCUUCACAGAUCAAUCCAUGGACAAUGGUUAUAAGGCAUAUACUUGUUGCUCCAUUCACAAUUCUUAGUCAUACAGUUCUGGAAGCUUCUGCUGAUACCACUCAGGAUUUUGAGAGUUCUGAAGAUAAAGCUGUCUUACUGACGCAGGAUGAUGAAAAGACUCGAUUCAAUAUCAUUGUGCCUGUUGUGCCAGCACAUGCAGCUGAAGUUUUGAAACCACUAGUGCAGUCCAAUUUAUAUGCCAUGAUGGCAACAUUCUGCGUUCUUAAGAAUCCUCACAUAAUAGACUAUGAUGCCCAUCUAGCAGCCCUUGGUUGUACUUGGAUGAGGACAGUUCGGGAGUUUCCUAUCUCAAAUCGACCAGAGUAUGUCAGUGAGCGAUUGCAAAACAUUGUCUCCACAGCAAAUAUAUACAUGAGCCGUCCUGGGGUGAAUCUCUAUGUCAAUGCCCUUUUGAAUAAUCCCAAUCAAGCCCUUAUGACAGAGAGCAAAGAUGAGUUUCAUGGCCGCACUCUUAAAUGUGAGUCUCUUAUCAAACCUUUAUUCUUUCUGGGUCUUAAUAAAGACAAAAUCACGAGGACUCAAGCACAGAACAUUUUGACACUGGUAUUAGAGGAAUUCAUUGGACGUUGUCUUUGCAAUUAUAAACAUGAUGAUGCAGAAGCUACACCCUUCACUGAUUUCUUUGCUCCUGAGUUGAAUGAUCCAGAGAAGAAGAAGGCAUGGCUGGAGCAGUAUUUCCAGGGGGUUAUAGAAGAAUUUGAAUCAUCUCAAGGUGAUCUUCUCAAAGCAUUCUUUAGCCUUGAUGACUUGAGAGCCAGUAUCAAGAAAUUUAUUGCUCAGAAAAUGUCUACAUUAUAUGAUCAAAUUCUGGAGGAGAUAAAGAUUGGUUUAACCAUGGAAAAGAUUAAAAAGCUUAGGAACUUUGGGAGCUGUGGUGACAUAAUGUGGCCAUCCUUUAAGUGCUGGGCAGAUGAGAUAGGGAUAACGGAGGAAGCCACGACACUAGCCUUCAGUGAAGAACAGAUUCAGGUGUAUGUGUGCCAUGCCUUGAUGCAAAGAAACUCCCGUGACCGACUCUCCGCAAGAUCUACCAACGCCAAAAAGAAGCCAUGGAGAUAAUCAGAAAGAAAAUUGCUCUGGAAAAUGCCCGCAGUCUCAGGUCUACGCUGGCAAAGGAGACUGAAGAGUACACGGUUCAGAAGUGGCGGAAGAUGUACAUGGAAGCCCACAGUCCUUUGGUUAUGCCGAUGACACGGGAGCAAGUUGUCGAUGCCGCUCAAGCCAGGGGAGUUCAAGUUACGUUAGAAAAACUUCAGUAAUACAUACAGAUAUGAUGAGAGGCUCCUGCUUGUGCGUAAUGCCUGUCAGAUCCCAAAUUGCCCGCAUUUUCUACAGCCCCACAGGAACUUCAACCAGCAUCUGUCCAUUGAGCGAGAGAAACCCAACUUUCCUCAUGCGAUGCACAUAGUAUCGUAUGAGAGUAGGCAUGAAAAUAUAGAUAUUGUCAUAGGAAGGUUGGCCGCCGGAAAUUAUGCAGGAACAAGGGAUCGACAAGUGCCACCUCCUCCAGAACCGGCAUUAACUUGAAAGCCUUAAAGAGGAAAUGACAGAAUUGCUGUGUAGAUAUAAAAAACUAUAGUAAUAUUACUAUUGUUAACUCUAUUCUACUUAAUAAAUAUAAUGUACUCUA